CUCCACUUACAUUUUGCAAUCAAACAGCUAAUCAAUCGAAAGAUGGAAGGCAAAACUUUGAUUCUAAGUGUGCUCGUAUUGAGUCUGUUCAUGGCACAAAUUCAAGUUGAUGCAAAGAGCUGCUGUCCCACAACCACUGCUAGGAAUCUCUAUAAUGUUUGCCGCAUAACGGGAUCUCCUAGGGAAAGAUGUGCAAGCCUCAGCGGCUGCAAAAUCGUUAGUGGUUCAUGUCCCAACGGAUACAAUAAGGACAUUAUAUUCUCGAGAACACAAGUAAAUGAUGUUGUGAGUGAAUACUGCAACGUUGGUUGUGUAUCUUCUGUGUGCGGUGCUUUGACCACUCUCCAGAACUCUGUUGCAAGUGAAAUCGUGAAUGGAGCGGUCAACAAAUGUGUCAGCGCAUGUUCUACCGUCUGCACCAAGAACUCGAUGAAUGCAGUUGAAACUGCCUAG